AUGGCUAUGUUCCGUUCUCCGAGAGAAGUCUGUUCUCGGAAUCCUAGAGAAGAUAAGUGUGAAAGAAAAGAGCAGAGAGGAGCGUAUUGUUGUGACUUUUGCUACGAUGGCUGGGACAGUGAAACUGAAGUUGAUAUACAUCGCAAUACUACUCAUAGAAAAGAAAUGCUGGAUUUGUUAAAAGCCACGAACCAGCAUGUUUGUAGGAUCUGCUACAAGUCAUACGAAAAUAAAGACGAUUUGAUCCGUCACAUAAAAACCUGGCACCUUCUCAGCAGCGAAGAUGCAGUGCGUGUGGAACGAGAGAUUUUCAUAUGUGACUAUUGUUCUAUGCUCUUCUUCAACAAAUUACUUAUACAAACACACCUAUUGCUAUACCAUAUGGACGUUGACAAAAUCGAAACUUUUACGGAAUGUGCAAAAUGCCACAGAAUAUAUCGUCUAAGAACAAUGUGGUACCAUUUUCAAGCUCACUAUAUUCAAAGUGUGGCUGGCUGUAAAAUAUGCUUGACGAAAUGCAAAAACAGAAAAGAUGUCCUCAAACAUCUGGAGACACACAGAAAGUUUCUCUUUUGCAAUGUUUGUAGAUAUGAAACUAUGCAUGAGGAAUAUUUCAGGGAACACCUUGCGACCCGACAUAGGAAAAGUGUUAAUAGUUCUAGAAGGAACAAUUUCAAAUGGAAACCAUACUUCUCGCCGAAGACCAGUGACUACAUAAACAAAUUUAGAUUCGUAUGUGAUACGGCCUCCAAAGGUGUUGAUUUGCCACUGCUUGAAGAUACUCAACUACACAUUUGUAUAUUCUGUAGGGAGAUCUGCUUCGGGGAGCAAAGUGCAAAAGACCAUAUAUGGUAUGUUCAUCACCAAGCGCUCGAACCUCCCCUAACGUCCAGUCACGUGUGUAUAUGCGGAGAGAAGUUUGCCUUCAAAGUUUUGCUGAAACAGCAUUUGUUUAAAGAAAAAUGUGAUCGCAAGCAACACAACUCAAUAGAGGAAGACACCGAUGAGUACUUAAUUGUCGUAAUGACCGAAGAAGAUGAUCCUAAAACGAUGGUAACGGCUGUAAGCACAGAAACAGUUUGA